AUGCUGGCAAUUUCAUCCAAAAAUCCAAAUGAUCAAGAACUUCCAUUGCAGAACUUAAACUCUUUAAAACAAAAUAUACCAAGUACACGUAUCGUCUCAAGUUUUCCUACUCCUGAAACUGACAACACAAUUCAGAUACCGCAACCCCAGUUUUCAAUAUCAUCACAGGCCUUCAGUAUGUUUCUAACCAGGUCUAUUGAAAAAAUCGCUAGCGAACGCGAAACCCGUAAGUCUAACAAUUCAGCUGUGAAAAAGGCAUGUGAGGAGGCUCUUGUCUUGCUAAAAGAACAACCACAAGUGUUGCCGAGCAGUAAAAUCUCGUCAACAAACGAAUCUAGCACACAUCUACCACCUCUAAAAUCAGACUGUGGUAUAUUGUUGAGUGAUGAAAGACUUCUUCGUCCAUUCCAACUGGCCUGUACUAUGAAAUCGCCUAAAAUUGUCAGCACAGCAGUCGAUUCAUUGCAGAAGUUAAUUGCUUAUGGUCAUAUUCCAAACACAGCUGUUUGCUCUUCUGGAAAAGUUCGUAUAAUUGAACAAGUUGUAACUACCAUAUGUUCAUGUUUCCAAGGUGUGCAAACUGAUGAUGGCAUUCAGUUACAAAUCUUAAAGGCACUCUUAACUGUAAUCACAAGCUCAGUCGUUGAAAUUCAUGAAGCUGAUAUCCUUCUUGUUGUAAGAACCUGUUAUAACAUUUUUAUGGCAACAAAAAACCCAAUUAAUCAAGCAACAGCACGUGCAACUCUUACACAGAUUAUUAGUGUAUUGUUUCAACGGAUGGAACAAAAUGCAUUUGAAGCAGCGAUUGCAAUUAACGCACAUAUUUCUCCUCAUUCUGAUUCAACUACACCAGAUGAGUGUAACAAGCUUGAACAAUCGCCUUUGGAAAAUUCAACACAAAUAUCAUUUGAAAAUGAAUCGGAUUCGCAGAAAGAUGAAAAUAAUACUGGUGAAAAAUUAUUAAAUGGCGAUGCUCAUAUCAACAGUUGUGAUUCUCCUGAUGCUGACAAUGGCGAUAUACCUUCGAAAGAAGACAAGGAUUCUGAGUCGAAAGUUAAUGAGAUCGUGGAAAACAUUCUAUAUGACAUAAUAAAAAAAGUCACAGUAGAUGACGAAGACGAUAGUAAUUCUCUGUCAUCACCUCAUUGUAUACCAAAUUCUGAAUCGCUACCUGAUAUAUGUAAAUCAUCCAUAGAUUCGUCACGUUCUUCAUCCAUUUCAAUUUCAGUAAAUACUAGCCUUAAUCAAGAAUGGUCAAGUGGUAAUGUCACUCCUAGUAUUGUUAAUGCCACUGCUACAACUACCAAUAACAUACAUGAGUCGGAUUUAAGAGAUCCGAAUUCUACAUUAGUCGUGGAUAAUAAUUGUGAAGUUGUCACUUCAGCGCAUGUUACACAGAAGGAUGCAUUUCUUGUUUUUCGUAGCUUAUGUCGUUUGGCAGUGAAAGAUUUCACGGGUUCAGACUCAAAUGAUCCUAAAUCACAUGCUGUUCGCUCAAAAUCUUUGUCAUUACAAUUAUUACUUAAUUUGUUACAACAACCUGGUCCGUUAUUUUCAACGAGUGAAAUAUUCAUAGCUGCUAUCAAACAGUAUUUAUGUGUAGCUUUAUUUAAAAAUGGCACUUCACCAAUUGUGGAAAUAUUCGAGUUAUCUGUUGCUAUUUUUCUUGCCCUAUUAACAUAUUUCAAACCAUACUUGAAAAGACAAAUCGAAGUAUUCUUCAAAGAUGUCUUAUUACUCAUUUUAGAGUCAUCCAAGUCAUCAUAUGGGCAUAAAUUAAUUGUUAUUGAUGCAUUGAAACGUAUAUGUGGUGAUGCACAAUGCUUAGUUGAUAUUUAUCUCAAUUAUGAUUGUGAUUUAAGUAUGGCGAACAUAUUCGAACGACUAACAACAGAUUUAGCUAAAAUAGCUCAAGGACGUUAUCUAGUCGCUGAACAUGGGAAUAAUACGUCGUCAUCAAUUCAGCAACAACAACAAAUACUACGAUCUAGUGGUUUAGAGUGUUUAGUACUGAUUUUACGUUGUAUGACUGAAUGGUCCCAGGAGCUUUAUGUUAAUCCAGAAUCUCAGUCGUUUUUGGGUUCUGAACCAAUGUUGGCGAAUAGUGGCAGUAAUACUAAUACAGUAGAGAAUUCUGGUGUGGAUGGUAAUCAUAAUAUGACUUCACUAGGCACUGUUAAGCCUUAUGAUGACCCUGAAGCAUUUGAAUCUCGCAAGGCACAAAAAGAAAUUUAUGAAUCUGGAUUAGCAUUGUUCAAUCAAAAACAACCUCUUCGUUGUUUGCAAUUACUGCAAGAAAAUGGAUUGAUUGGAGAAUCUGUUGAGUCAGUAGCACAGUUUCUCUUAGUUGAAGAUCGUUUGUCAAAAUCACAUAUCGGUUAUUUUCUCGGUGAAAAUGAACCGUACAAUCUACGUGUUAUGUAUGCAUAUGUUGAUCAGUUUGAUUUCACUGACAAGGAUUUUGUUUCUGCUAUGAGGGAAUUUUUAUCGGGCUUUCGAUUACCGGUGAAGCACAGAAAAUUGAUAGACUUAUGGAAAACCGAUACUGCAUACGUUUUGGCUUUCUCAAUAAUCAUGUUGACUACAGAUUUGCAUAGUUCUCAGAUUAAACCGCAUAAUCGUAUGAGUAAGGAGGAUUAUAUACGCAUGAAUCGUGGCAUAAAUGACAGUCAAGAUUUACCAGAAUCCUAUUUAGCUCAAAUUUAUGAUGAAAUUGCUAAUGCUGGUAUAAAAUUGAAAGCUGAUGAUAAUGUUACCAAACUUACAAAAAUUUCUACAUCAACUGAAAUCAGCCCUAAGCUAGAUAACCGACGACAAACAGAUGGUGAGAUUUUAGGAGAUUCUGUAAUGUCUGGUUCAUCUGAAUUCACCUGUGCAACUCAUUGUGAACAUGUUCGUCCAAUGUUCAAACUAGCAUGGACACCGUUUCUGGCCGCAUUCAGUGUUGGAUUACAGGAUUCUGACGCACUAGAUGUGAAUCAUCUGUGCUUAGAAGGUAUUCGAUAUGCCAUACGUAUAGCAUGUAUAUUUCAUAUGGAAUUAGAACGAGAUGCUUAUGUACAAGCACUAGCACGAUUCACACUGCUAUUAACAACAUCACAUAUAAAUCCUACUAUUACGAGUGGAAAUUCAUCAGGUAUAAAUGGAAAUAAUCAUCAAACUGUUAAUUCUCGUCGUCCACGAUCUGAGAAGAUUAAUACAAAUGCAUCAUCUACACUUAGCAAUGCUUAUACAAAUGCACCAGGAUCAAAUACUUCUAAUCCAGCUUUAUCUACUCCAGAAGCGAUGAAACAGAAAAAUAUUGAUACAAUACGUACAUUGAUUACAGUUGCUCAAACGGAUGGUAAUUAUUUAGGACGUGCAUGGUUAGAAAUUCUACGGUGUAUAUCUCAACUGGAAUCAGCACAUUUAAUUACUCAUGCCAUUUCAUCGACAUAUGGAUUAAAUUCUAACAAUCCGCAUAUUGUUAACCGUCCAACACAUUUCAAUUCAUAUAACAAUUCUUAUAACCAAAAUAUAAAUGAAUUAUCUACGGUUACUUCAUUAACAACAGAAAAUGGUUCUAUCAAGUCCAAUAAUUUAAUAGCAUCUAGUCCAACAGUUACAUCUAAUCAUUUUGUAAGUUCUAAUUUGAAUGAACCCGUAGCACCAGGUAGUUUAGCGGCUUCUAUUGUCGACUCUAAAAAAGCUGCUGUUUUACAAGAAGUAAUGGGAGAGACUGGAUCACAGAGUGUGGUAGUUGCUGUUGACAAAAUUUUUACAGGAUCAAUCCGUUUAAAUGGUGAUGCUAUUGUAGAAUUUGUAAAAGCUUUAUGUCAAGUUAGUCAAGAGGAAUUGAAUCUUCCACAAGCAAGGACAUUUUCACUUCAGAAAGUUGUUGAAAUUUCAUAUUAUAACAUGGGUCGUAUUCGAUUACAAUGGUCACGUAUUUGGGAACAUAUUGGUAGUCAUUUCACUACAGCUGGUCGAUCAGUUGAUGAAGAUGUUGCUGAAUUUGUUGUUGAUUCUUUACGUCAGUUAUCAGUAAAAUUAAUAGAAAAAGGUGAAUUACCUAAUUUUCAUUUCCAAAAGAAUUUCUUCGUCCUUUUGUAA